AUGAAAGACCGAAUGCUUGAUGGACCUACUUUGGCGCCGUUAAUCGAACGCGUCCUCGCCGAAACCCUAAAAACCCCCUUUUCUCGGCGAAUCACCGACGUACGGUACCGACCAGCCGAGAAAAUCUGCCUUCUGAAUUUUUCCGGAAAGGCAGACCCGACUGACCAUAUCACCGCAUUCAACAUCGCGAUGGGUCGAAUUAAAUUUUCCGAUGAGGAAAGAGACGCUGGCUACUGUCGGCUCUUCGUUGAGAGUCUUCAAGGACCAGCCCUUGGAUGGUUCACUGGAUUGGAACAAGAUUCCAUCAACGACUUUCACGACCUGACGUCCGCGUUCCUCAAGCAGUACAUUAUGUUUACGAGACAAGGAGCGACCCUAUCCGACCUUUGGAACCUAUCUCAGGGAGCGAACCAAAGCCUCCGCGACUUCAUGGAGAAGUUCAAAGCUGUCGCUUCGAAGGUGCAUAUCCCGGACAGCAUCGCCGUUGACGCCUUGAUGAAUACCCUAUACUUCAAGUCCCUGUUUCGCGAGGAUCUCUACAGAAACCCCACAAAGUCGCUUCAAGAUGCUAUCGCGAGGUCGAACAACUUCAUCCGGAUGGAAGAGGACACAGCAGCGAUACUCAAGAAAAUGAAUGCGGCCGCUAAACCGACGACUGCUCCAAAAGCUCCUGAGCCACGCCAAGAACCCCGACAGCACGCCACAUGCAACAAGCCCAAUCAGCAGAAAAGAUUUGUCUACGUCGUCGAAUAUAAAAACCCGCCCCCGGGGUCGACUGUCGUCGUACGCGAGAAGGGUUGGAACGUCUGGGAGAACGACGAGAAGCCCUUCCAUAAGUCCAAGGCGCACGAUACGAGGAACUGCAGGCAUCUGGUCGAUGCGCUCUUCUCAUCUUACGAAAAUGGAAUAGCCAACGUCGAGCUUCCCAAGCUUAGGCAGAACAACACCAAGAGCUGGAGCAAAAACAAAGAAACGAAAGCUCAUAAAAAUCAAGACAAGGCCGGAGCCCGACCCAAACGCGUAGAAGAUGACAAACCAGAGGAGCAGGACGAAGAUGAGGGCGAAGCGCAAAUCAAAGAAGAGCAACCUCAUAACCGUCGACGCGUCCAAGUUAUCCUCGCACGACCAAGUUCCUCUUCGGACGAAGAAGAGGACAGCAAAGGCCGCGAUUCGCACGAAUCUUCCAACAAGCGACCAAGUGAAAACGGCAGACCGGAAGAGUCAAAUGACUUGAGAAACAAGCUCAGGCGAAAGUCGCAGACAAUCGACCGUGUAAGAGUGAGUCGAAGAUUCCAGUGUUCAACCCCAGCUCAAGCCACGGGUCGUUGA